CUGCUUGUUUAACGUAAGCGCUCCGUUCGAGAGGAGGAAACCCUGGGAGAUCACAGCUGACUUGCUAAGCUAAGUGACAACAUCCAAACGCAGACUGUCGAUCGCUCUACCACCGAACUGUUUGAUAUGCAACCGUUUCAGCAAUACUUUGGCAGUUAACAUAAAAAGAGAAAGACGGAGCGCAGUGUUUUCAGCUGUGAACCUUGCUGGAAUAUGUCGAACGGUAGAUCGUGCAUCCCGGAACAAAUCUUUUGAUUUGCCUUUGCUACAAUUAGUUGCAAGAAAGUUUUGAUGUUAUUAUUUUCGUUAGCAUGUUUUGCCUGGAGAUUUUACGGGCGCGGUGACAUACAUGUUAAAAUUUUUUUUGGAAAUUGACAAACUUCUGACCGCAUUUUAUUGCUGAACUGUAGAAAUGGAAUGUCAUCUUUCAAGAUCUGAGCGCAGAAAUAUGGAUAACUGCUUGAAGCGGCUGAAGCAGGAGCUGCUGUCCAUGAAGGAGGCCGGAGAUGGGCUCUACGCUCAGAUGAACAGCAUGAUGGGAGCCCUUCAGGAGCUGAAGCUGCUGCAGGUGCAAACGGCACUGGAGCAGUUGGAGAUUUCAGGGAAGCCCGAACGAGGGGUCCCUUCAGCAGAGGCGUCGGUUCCCCGGCCUGCCCCGGAGGCGCAAAGGCCUCCCCCUCCAAGCGGGAUGUCCAGCUGGGAUGAGCAGCGGAGGUGCCACCGGAACAGCCUAGACACGUCGCCAUCCACGUCAAGCUUGGAGAGCGGCAGCGGCACAUCCACCAGGAGCUCCUCCUCCGCCUCCUCCUCCGAAUGCAGCACACCACAGGAGGAGCACUGUGCCCCCCGCCUGAUGAGUCCCCCCUAUCUGGUGGAGCAGCAGCACCCCCAACCCCCCCUGCACCCCCACCCAUAUCCCUAUCCUCACCCUUGCGCUCCACCUGUGGACCUGCCGGGGAUCCUGUACAGCCUCUCCCGGGAGGGCCCGUCCCUGGACAGUGACUUCUCGCAGGACUGCGCAGAUGACUCCAGCGACUGGACCUCCUCGCUCAUGAGCGGCAGCCGCAACCGCCAGCCGCUGGUGCUGGGCGACAAUGUCUUUGCCGACCUAGUGGGCAACUGGCUGGACCUGCCCGAGCUGGAGAAGGAGGGGCGGAAGAUAGGGGCAGGGAAGGAGGACAGGGGCGGCGAGGACACGCCGGCCCACCCACUGAGGCUCAGCCGCUCCCAGGAGCUCUGCAGGAAGUUCUCCCUCACCGCCGGAAUCUUCCGGAAGUUCCUACGAAGCGUGAGGCCCGACAAGGACAAGUUGCUCAAGGAGAGGCCCGGCUGGAUGCCCCUGGAUGACCCGGAUGCCGAGCUCUUCAAGAGGCCCAAGAAGGUGACCAAGCCCAAAGCAUCCUUUUACCCUUUCCGAACGAGCGCGCAACAGGCUAAGGGAAGGCCAUGUCCCCGGCCGGUGGAGAGGAGGAGCCUGAACUCAGGGAUUUACAUAGACAGGGUCCGGUCAAUCCAGGUUAUGGGGCAGGCGCAACCAAUGUUUGAUUAUGAUACAGCUGUGUGGGUGUAAUCUCUCCGGAUUACUGCCAGGGGAGAUUAGAGGAGGUACACAUGUUCUCAUGAAGCGGGACUGGACAGACUGAGAUGACUGCUGUUUGUCUACAGCAGGAAUAACAAAGUCCCCGACACUAAUUAGAGCAAGCGGGACCUGCCCAAAAUGAUUCCCCAAGACACACAUUGCCUCUUUAAUUUUCAAGGCGUUUCUCUAAAGGCAGCAAUGGAAUUUCCUCUUUGUUGUGGACGGCGCCUCUUACACGAUUUUCGACCCCAGAUUAACCACAGCCACAUUCCCGUCUGAGAGGACUCGUUCUUUUGUUCUGUACUAAUCACCUACCAACGCAGAGUGCUUUACCAGUCGAACACUCCACCCACAGAACACUGCUGUCUCUUUCUGGUCACACAAUGUUAAAGAGCCUCACAUUCUCACUGUUCUCCAUCGGCCAUUUUCUACGAGCAAGCAUCAGACUCACACCGCCAUCACUCGCUGUGGACAGCGCCAGGUCUCUGGGCGACAGUCUGGGGGUUUCAGCCCAACUUUGGCAGUGCUAGAACAGACCCAGCGUCACCAGGUUAAAACAUGUAUAAAGGUGUAAAAAGUCUCCAGCACCCUCAGACUGCAGACACACACCCACGCUGCACCGCCGAACGGUGGCACAUUUCGCCUGCGUGGACUUGGCCCGCCUCGGCUCUGUUGACAGCUCUCCCGGGUUGCAUUGCGCAGGACGCUCAGCAGAGACGCACAGCACCAUCUGUUCGCCCACGGUUACGUAAGAGCCAAGCCGGCGGCGCAGGAGAGAUGCCCAGCGUGGGCCUCCUUAAUCUUUCGCGAGCCGCAGCACUAGCGAUAAACGUGCACACAGGCAAAGCCCAUAGAUUGAGCGGGAGCUCAGUAGGGACUAACUGGUUCACAUUCAUCCCUCCCCGCGUGCAUACUUGAGGUAAACACAGAAAUGUGGUCGUAAACACAAUAAUCAAAAUGUCAUCACCAGAGCCUGUUUCGUUAUUGUGGUGAGCAGUCAACCUCUUUCUCCCCUUCCGCCUUCUUCCAUGGUACUGAAUACUUAUCAUAUUGUUGAACUGGUCACAUAAAACCUACCUGUAUUAUCUCUGAAGCGAUGCUGAUAUUGAAACAGUUUGGGGUAUACACACGAAUGAGAGAAUAAUUCCAACAGUUACAUUUGUGUUGAGGUUAAGUGAGGUAGGUUACAUAUUCAAAUCCCAGUUGCAAACCUUUCAGUAACAUAUUUAUUGUGAGUUGCUUUGCUAUAUAUCCAGCUAUAUAAAUGGAUAAUGAAAGAGAAAAAAAGCUAUGCAACUUGCCCUUGCCCAUAGAAAUAAAAAAUAAUAAA